CUGUUCUCUACUGAUGGCUAGUCAGUUCAGCACAUUCUUUUCCUGGGCCAGACUGAAUGGACAGAUUAUGGAAUUCAUACUGUUGCUAACUAUUGGAGUCUUGCCAGCUGUAAUAUCUGAAGAUCAACUUUGCAGUAAUGACGAGGUCAUUCAAGGAGGAAGGAUUGAAUGGCCAACGAGUCCAGUCAAAGGCAGUGUGAUGACUUAUAUUUGCCCAGUUGGAUUCCGACCCUAUCCAGUCAGCUGGAGAUACUGCACCCGUUUCGGGAACUGGAGUCGCCUCAGAAAUGUUUAUCACAAAACAGCACUUGAAGCAACAUGCAAAGAAAUUAAAUGCCUUAGACCGGAGCAAUUUGAAUUUGGAAUAUAUGACCCUGUGAAGAGCAUAUACAAAGUCAACGAUUCCAUCACGUUUCAGUGCUUUGAUGGAUACUUGCUUAUUGGCUCAGCUACAAUUACCUGUUUACCGAAUGGGCAUUGGAGUGGGAAUUUGCCGAGAUGUGACGCUGGAGGCACAUUCUGCUCCAACCCUGGAAUUCCUUUUGGUGCAAGGAAGAGUGGGACGUCUUACGGUGUUCUUUCAAUGGUCCAAUAUAAUUGUGGCACAUACAUUCUACGUGGUUCAAAACAGCGCACAUGCUUGGAGACUGGUCAAUGGUCUGGAGUGGAGCCUCGAUGUGAAAGCAGAGAAGCUUUUGAUGAUGUGGAGGAUCUGGCAAAAGUAUUGAAUAUCUUGCUGUCAACAAUACGGAACAGAGAUCUGAACUCAGGGGCACAAAUUCCUGGUCGGAAGAGAAAGGUUGAUGUCUUCUUUGUCAUUGAUGCUUCAAUAACUGUUGGAAAUGAAAACUUCUUGAGGUCUUUUAAAUUUGUUAAGACCUUUAUUAACAGGGUGUCAGAUAUGAAAGGGAUGGUCCGGUAUGAAGUGAUCGCUUUUGGAUCAUGUCCCAUCGUGAUUACAAAUAUUAGGGAAAACCUCACUCCGAAGGCUGUGAUGGAAAGAAUAGCACAGGUUGAAUACAGAGACUAUUUCAAUAACACUGGGAGAAGAACAGGUCCCGCACUGGAGGUGGUCUACUCAUCCAUCAACAAAACUGUCAAUCUUCACGCUGGAGAUGGCCAAGCCAUUCCAAAACAGGUCAUCAUUCUAAUUACUGCUGGACAGUACAAUGGAUCACCAGCACCCUUCAUUGUCACAGAGAAGAUUUCAAAUCUAGUCUCCCACUUGCCAGAUCAUCUAGAUAUCGUUGUGAUUGGAAUUGGUGAAGUAUUCAAAGACCAUCUUGAGCAUUUGGUACCAACAACAUUGAGAUCAACAAAAAGGCACCAGUAUGCUUUCUACUUGCCAAGCUACCAUUAUUUGGAAAAGGCACAAGAAGUGCAGAAAAAGCAUGGUAACACACAGCUCUCAGAUUGUGGCAUCCGAGGGAACACUGUACAAAGACCUGUUUCAAGAAUAUUUGGUGGUAUCAAAUCAAAAGAAUAUGAAUGGCCAUGGCAGGUCAUCAUUAAUUUAAAGAACAAUGAAAUUUGUGGAGGGUCAAUCAUCUCGAAACGCUGGAUUCUCUCUGCUGCUCAUUGUUUUAAUGGCAGUCGGGAAAUGACAAACAUCUUGACUAUACAGACUGGCUCAGUCAACAGAAAGAAAAUGUCGCGGGAGUUUCAAGUGGUAGAAGUGAUUAUCCAUGAAAACUUUAGCCGCCCUUCAGAGAUGAACAACGACAUUGCCCUUUUGAAGACUAAAGAUCCCAUUCUGUUUGAUGCUCAUGUGAGACCAGUCUGUCUACCUUGCACAAAGAAAAGUGCAGAGCUCCUCUCCUCAGCAGCUGGUAGCUGGGAUGAAGCCUGUCAUUACGAAGAUGGGCUAUUGACAAGUCAUGGUGGAAGAAAUCAAAAAAUAAUGUCAGGUUUCAUCACUGGAUGGGGAUACUAUAAAAAACAUGGAUAUAUAUCAUCUUUUAACUUAAACCAUGCACAAGUGAACAUUGAGCAUUUUCGAAGCUGUGAUUCACCGUACCCAUUGACUGAUAACAUUUUCUGUGCGAAAGGAGCUACAACGGACAGCUGUACAGGAGAUUCUGGGGGACCCUUCGUCAUGGAGAGAAAUCGACGAUGGAUCCAGGUCGGAAUCAUCAGCUUUGGAAGAACACCUGUCUGUGGAGUGAACUUCAUGGGAUUUUAUAGCAAUGUGCCCAAACUGAUGAGGUGGAUUAGAGAGAGAGUCACAGACCUGGAGUAUGAAUAAACAGUCAAAAGCACAGCACACACUGAAUAUGCCAUGGAGAGUAGAAUCUCUGCUUUUCAGUAAACUGGGCCUUCCUGACAUUUUGAGUAUUUUGGAUAUACCACCCAAUGUAGACAUUUUACAGCAUUGUGUAUUUACAUAGUUAUCUUUGCAUAAUCUUUGCUGGUGUUAAUAAUGAACAGAUAGACAAUACGUUUAUAAAAUUAUUUAUCCUCUGUUUUGACUCAAGCAUGCUUAUCGUGUUUUAAGCAAGUGGAUGUUUCCAUGAAGACACUGGACAGAGGAGUUUUGUGCAUUAUGUUUUGCAUUUAUCCACUAGUACUAGCAAUAAUCUUGAAAAAAGCUUAACAUGAUUAUACAUCUUGCAGUCAAACUCAAAUAUUCUCAUUAGAUUGAUGCAAACAAUCUCCCAGCUGAACCUCACUGAUGUUGGUCGUUCCUGUAGUAUAGACUGACAGAUAUAGAACAUGGAGCCACCUGCAACACUUCCAUUUCCUUGCUUUUUCCCAUAUCCUUUGUGCUCUCCUUUAUUCAGUUUGCUUUCAGUUUAUGUUAAAUUUCUAACUCGAUAUCCACUUGUGGUGAUGCAAUCUGUGCUCUAAUAACACUCUGCAUUCCUCCUGCCAGCUUUUGUACAUUCUGGUGACAAUCCAGGGUCCAUUCUAUCUUUCUACAUUUUGUAAUAUUUCUCUAAUUAUCCUCUUAAAAUUUUAUAAUUUUGUGUGGCCCUUAGUUAGGUUAGCUCUUCUCCAAAGUUUUUGAACUCAUAAAGCUCUCAUUCCUGGUGUCAUUCCAGUCAAUCCUUGCUGCAUCCCAUUGAUUCACAUUUCUAAAAACCACCUUGUAAUGGGUCUGCUCAGACUGUUGACAAUAUUCCAAACUUGGCCAAAUAUCUUUCGCACAAAUUCAACAUCAGUUGCAGGUUGUGUUGCUUCAAGGUGAAGGGGAAAGUGGGAAUGUAUGAGACUGCCUUGUUUAGUUUUGUAUAAUUUUGCUGAAAGGGAUUUUAAAAAUAUAAACAUUAUUUUAAAAUAA